AUGAACAGUUUGGUGGCUACACCACCUGUGCCUCCUCACCACUUCUACGAACCUUCUCGUCUCUCUCCUUCCCGUCCAAUGUCUACCCCAACCCACACGCCCAACCGCAAACGGAAAGCUGAUGAUGAUGGCAACGAUCACGAUGGCCGAAUGUCCGCAUCUCCCACCAACUCGCCCGCUUUCACUCCUCGAACCCUUCCAUCCAACCGACACCAUAUCAAGCGUGCUCGUCCAAAUGUCAGCGGGCGGCCUCUCUCCCUGCCCCGCUUGCUAGAGACCUUGGAUACCAAUGCUCUCCGGGGCGUUCUCCGCUCCAUGUGUGAGCGUCAUCCGGCCCUGAUGGAUGAGGUCAUUCAUACCGCCCCGCGACCCAGCGUAGCAUCCGCACUCCAGGUGCUUCGGAAUUAUCAGUCCAACCUUCAGUCAUCAUUCCCGUUGGGCGGCAGCUCUGAAUCAGAUUACGCCUACAACCGAGUCCGGCAGCCUUUGGGGAGUUUGUUGGACGCCCUGAGUGACUUUACACCACAUUUCCUCCCGCCAAACGAAACACAACCCUCCGUAUCCUUGAGCUAUUUAGAUGGGGCAACCGACAUAAUUCACGCUUUGCCCCGGUGGCACACACCUCAAAACAAUCUAGAGCGGGACUCUGCGUACGACGAGAUUUGCAAGGCCUGGAUCUUGGUGAUUCGGGAGGCUGCCAAACGUGGCGGUGGUAUUCAGUUACAGUACGGUGGUUGGGAUCAGAAACUGGCAAAACACAACCAAAACUCCGGCGGUAAACUGCAGGCAGCCGUCAAUGAGCUCGGUUCCAGCUUAGGGUGGAUGCACAGACCGGAUGCCCAAGGCUAUGGAAGCCCUGGAGGUAAUGACCUUGGAUCCAUUCGCGAGCAACUCUUGUCGGGCACAUACGGGCUCGGCACCCCAGUCAAGGUUGGGCCAUGGUAA